AUGCGGCACCACGUCCACCAGGGCCACAUGGAGAUCACGCACGUCGUCUCGAGCGACUCGCUGGACCUGCCCCUCGUCGUCAUGCAGGACGACGGCUCCCAAGACCACUGGGUCGCCCAGCAGGUCGUCAAGGGGUUGACGACGUCGCUGGUCGAGAAAGCACAGAACGGCGAGGACUGCACGCACUUGCUCCAGAAUUUAGGAAAUCAGCUGACGCCAGCGACACUACAAGUCGCAGUCGAACACGGCGCGCUACAAGCUGCGGUUGUGGCGCGUUCAAGCCCGGACGCGUCCGGUCGAGUAUCGGUCGGAAGGACCUUUGCGGCUAGAGUCUACCUCUGUGCUUGUAGCAUAGGCGACUCGCAAAUUGCGAAUUGGGUCUCGCAAGAUAGAGUUUCAAGGGUGUUGUACUGGAAAGGCUCUUUACUGGCCUUGGAGUUGCGAGAUGGCAGGAGGGCUUUGUAUGAUGACGCCCGACUAGAACAACCAUCAGCGGAGAGCUUCGUCAACUACUCCUGGGACGUCCGAGCGAUGCUCGACGCCUUCCGAAAGAUCGGAGGUAGAGACGUCCUCGUGCUCGGGUUACGUUCAGGAGGCAUCUUACCGAAGACUCUAUCUGAGUCAGGCGCGAAAGUCGCGUGUGCGGCCGAGUCCCCGGAGGCCGUCGGCGCGGCGGAGGCGUUCUCGGGCUGGAACGGCCCGACCUGGUACUACGGCGGCUGGCCGAACAGAGGUGAGUGGGACUGCGUCUUCGUGGACGUUGAUGACGAGUCGGCCGUCGACGCGGCGAUGCGGCUGUCGCGGGGCGUCUGCGUCUAUGGCGUCGACGCGUCGGCAGCACAACGCGUCGCUCAACAAUGUAGAGCGAGGGGCGCCUGCGUCGACGUCCUGAACGCGGACCCCUACGCGUGGGAGAGCAACGCGCGCGCUGUUGUGGUGGCGCGCGCGCCGGCGCCGGUGUCUCGACCAAAGCGCCGGCUGGACGACGAGGAGGAGGACUGCCCGCUCUUCAUGGACGCCAUGCCCCUCGGCGGCAUCUCCCAGAAUUCUGCAUUAGCCGGUCUGGCGGCGUUGGUCGACGAGGGCGAGCCGAAGCGGCGGCGCAUCGGCGAGGCCCAGGUCGGCAUGGCGCUGUUGUGAUACGCGCCACGCGGCGCUCACGCGGCGCCGGUCGCGCAUUCCUCCGCCGUCUCCAUGGAGUUCCCUGUGACCUUUUGUGAAGUAAGGACACAUUAAGUUAGGAGUCUUCGCGUCGAUGGCGUAUGGUUCAGUCCUCGAUGCGGGUUUUUCUCAGCUAAUGGACCUCGGACCUAAAAACCAAAGACUCCAAGGCCUAGACUCGGCGCGUUGGGACAUUUUAUCAUCAGUGUGGACUCAUCGACACGCGCGGGCGCCGGACCGGUACUUCUUCGCGAUGUUCCUCCGCAUCGCGAUCCGACGGAAGUACGGGAUCCGCGAGGAGUGCUGCACGUGAGCGCCGGCGUCGUCGUCGCGCGCGUGUACUCACCCACCCGUCGGCGCGCAGGUGCACGGGCGUCGACGGCUUCGAGGACGCCUGCUGCGCCAUGUUUUGCGGGUGCUGCGCGACGGCUCAGAUGGCGCGCCACGAGUUCCUCGAGGUCGAGACGGGCAUCGUGCGUUACGAGUGCUGCUCGUCGACGGGGGAGAGGCGUUUUACUAAUAUAUAAGACAGGCACAAGCUUAGG